AUGAACGAAACUGAAAAACGCCUCAGCAAUGGCACAGUUUCAAAAAAUUGCUCUUCUCAGAGUGAAAAGAGCAGCGGUUUGGAUGAUGCAGUGCACGGUUCCGAUCCAGAUGGAUCACGCUCAUCCGAUGAAAGUGCAGAGCUACACAAUGGGCUUGAACUUCCAAAUUCCGGUGGUGCUACUGGUACAUGGAGGCCACUACGUUCUCGUUCAUUUCUUACUGAUGCUCAAGUCGCCAUUUUACAUUCUCAUUUCAAGCGAAAUCCAUUCCCAUCCAAGUAUGAACUUUCCGCUGUGGCCGAACAAAUAGGUGUCAACAAGAGAGUAGUACAGGUAAAUGACCAUUAUUCAUUUUAUGCCUUAUCUUCACAAACAAGAAACGAACGAUGA